AUGUUUCGUCAAUGCAAGAACCGACUGCAAUGUUCCGAUAAACCAAAUAUUAAUCAGAUAUUUUUAUCAAUUGAUAAUGAAUUAAAAAAUAUAUAUCAUACAUUAGAUAAAUUAUUUAAUGAAAAUCUUUUAUUAAAAGCUCAAAUUGAUAAAUUAGAAAAACGACAUGAAUAUUGGAUUUCCAAUGAACAAAUUUAUUUAUUAAAACGUAUUGAAAAAUUAGAAAAUGAUAAUCUUCAAUUACGUGAAAUUUAUCAAACUUAUCAUAUACAAAAUGAAAAAUGUAUACGAUCAAUAACUGAUCUAAUUAUAAAAAUACUCUUAACUCAACAGGAACUCAGAAAACAACAUAUUGAGCGACAUAAUACAAAUGAUACGGCUCACUGGAGGAAAAAACAACAGAAAAAUGAAUCACUUCGUCGAAGUACAACUUGUAUAUUAUGUCCUGUUGCUUGUAAUACAUCGAAUAAUAAUGAACAUACUACUAAUAAUGAAUUCAUAUGGUCUCAUCAACAAUCGAUGAUUGUUGAAGAUCAAGAUCAAAAAACAACAAAUCAAUCAUCGGAAUUAGAUAAUUAUUCAUCAACACUGGCUACUAUUAAGUCUAAAACCGAUAAAUCAUCAACUUCUUCAACAAAUAAACUUUAUUUUAUUUUAAAUAAUCAAACAACAACAUCAGAAAAAUCUACAGAAAAAAAUAAUCAUCAUUUAUCAAAUAUUAAUAUCGUAUCUCUUGAUGAUUCUCCUCAUAAACAACAAUCAUCAAAAACAUUGAAUAAAAAUCGAUCAAAACAACAACAAACUAACACAAAUUAUUCCAAUCAUGAAAGGUCAUCAAUACAAACAUCAUCAUAUCGUACAACAAAGACGACAACACCAUCAAUAUCAAAACCAUCUCGUAUUCCAAUAAUUAAACCUCAUCCAUUGCCAACAACAAAUAAUCAACAACAUCCACAUGUUCCUACGAUUACAAAUCAAAAGAUAACUUCAUCAUCACAAAUAAUUCAUAAAUCAUCUCGUCCUCUUUUUACAUCAACAAAACCAGCUCAAUCAUUUCCAUCGGUUCGUAUUAUACCAACAAUUAAAAAUAAACCAAAUAUUAUCAUUACAAAACCAAUAAUAAAUAAUACUAAAAAACAUAUAUCUUCUAUUGUUCAACAACAACCAGCACGUGUUUCUGAUAUUGAUGUAUUAAUAGCUGAACAAAAAAAAAAUAAAAACAUAUCAAAAUUACCUGUUAAACCAAUAAUUGUUUCACCUUCACCUAUAAUUAAUAAUAUUCAACCAUCAUUAUUUUCAAAAGAUACUGUUAAACGUAUUCGAACUGUUCGUAGUCAUGAAUUAAAAUUAUUUUCAUGUCAUUUAAUACCAGAAAUAUCAGAUAAAAUAUCAUCUCAAACAAAUGAAUCACUUUCAACUUUAACACCAACUUCAUUAGAAUCUAUAACAGAUAAUAAUAAUAAUAAAUCUAUUAAUGAUCAAUUACAAAAUACAAAUAAAUCAUGUUCAAAUAUUUCUACUGAUAUGAGAGAUUUUUCAGAAGAUAGUCUUAAUGAACAUGAUCAUAUUCAAAGAUUACUUAAACAAAAUACAUCAAUCAAUACAACUAAUAUACAAACUGAUUCAUUGAAUAAUACUAUUCAAAAUGAAAAUAUUGGAAAAGAAUAUUUUCUUUCAAUUGUUGAUAAUUUAAAUCCUGAACAUAAUCGAUUAUCAUCAUCAUCAUCAUCAAUCAAAUCUCGAGCAAUGUCAUUAUUACGAAAACCAUUUGUACAUCGUUUAAUAUUUCCAGAACGUCUUGGUCGUAUGAUAUUUUAUCGUCGUAUAUUAUCUGAUUCUGAUAUUUAUCAAAAAAUUUGUUCAAAAGAUAAUGAAAUUUAUCAUAAUGUCUAUCAUUUAGAUACAAUACGUGAUUAUUCAAUGGAAUUUUAUAUGUUAACAACUUAUACUUCAGAUUCCGAAUUACGUGCUUGGAUUGAUAGUAAUGAUGAUAUAGUAGAUAGUAUUUAUCAUAGUGAUGAAAAUUUUUUUCAACAAAAUAAUGAAAAUCAAAUAAAAUCUAUUCAUAGUCAAGAUAGUCUUAAUCAACAAGAUGAACUUCAUUGGUAUUCUGAACUUGAAAUAGUUCAUCCAUCAUUAAAUAAUCAACAAAAAACACAUGAAAAUACAUCGGAUUAUUCUACUGAAGUUCAUAUCGAAGAAUUAUUACAUCAUAAAGAGUCUUCUCCAUCAAAUCUACCAACGAUUAUUUCAUCUGAUUCAAUCGAUUUAAUUGCUUCUUCAUCAAUUCUACCAAAUGAUACUUCUAAUAAACUUCAUUCAAUUUCAUUACCUUCUAAUAUUACUAAUGAAACUAAUUCAUUACUUGAAGAAAUUUUUCCUGCUUUAUCUACACAUCGUUCAUCAAUAUCUAGUACUAUUCCACAACAACAACAAACAAAUAUUGAUCAAUAUGAAAAUGAUUCAACAUCAUCAAUAAUUACUGAAGAAUUUAAACAUGAUUUUUAUUAUUUAUGUCCAGUGACAAAUACAACAAAUUUUUCAAAAAAUGAUUAUAAACCUUUAUUUCAUGAUUUUUAA